GUGCAUAUGGUCCUGAGCACUGGGUCACUUCAAACGUGGAUUGCGGAAGAACUCAGCAGUCUCCCAUAGAUAUCGUAGAUCAUCAGGCACAUGUUGGAGAAGAAUAUCAAGAAAUACACCUGGUUGGUUUUGAUAAUGAAUCCUCUAACAAGACAUGGAUGAAAAAUACCGGGAAAACUG